AGUUCCUUUCUCCUCUCUCCACCCAGCCUCAUUUUUCUUCUUCUUCUUCUUCUCCUCCUCCUCUCUAUUUCUCUCUCUAGCGAGCAAUAUAAACGUAGCAGCCGAAUCUCAUCGUCAUCAACCAGAAACCCCUACAUCCAUUUUCCCUCGUUUUGAAUCUUCUAUUUGAUGACCCUUCAAUUCCGUUUAUAUUAUGCUAUUUCAAUCUAGUCCAAUCGCAUCCAAUCCAAUUCGAUAUAAUCCAUCGCCUCGUAGUCUCGAUCAGAUUUGCUUCUGGACGGAGUUAUUUCGAUCCGCCGACGAUCUGAUAUUUUGUUCCAAUUACCUAUUGCGAUUGUAAUUCUUAGCUACUGUCCAUUUUGGGCUUUUUUUUUUUGGCUGUCGAUCAGAUUGGGUAGAUUUCGGGUUGUGAGGUAAUGAAAGGAUUGAGAAAUGCAACUAUGAGAACUUGAAAGAUGCCUGGGUUAACACAAAAAAAUGACCAUUUAAAUGGUGGGUCAUCGGCUAUAUACUCGCUCUCGGCCAAUGGAUUUUGGUCCCAGCAUCGCGACGAUGUUAGCUACAAUCAGCUCCAGAAGUUUUGGAGUGACCUGCUUCCCCAAGCUAGACAAAAACUCCUGAGAAUUGACAAGCAAACUCUCUUUGAGCAAGCUCGUAAGAAUAUGUACUGCUCUAGAUGUAAUGGUUUGCUGCUUGAAGGAUUUUUGCAGAUUGUCAUAUAUGGGAAGUCUUUACAACAAGGAAAAACAUGUGUGAAUCAUUCCUGCAACAGAUUAGGGGUUUCAAAGAAUCAAGCAUGUGAUGGAUCAUUAUCUGUUAAUGGGUUUCAAGAUGAAAUUCAAGAUCCGUCCGUCCAUCCUUGGGGUGGUUUGACCACAACACGUGACGGGGUGCUGACACUUUUGGAUUGCUAUUUGUGUUCGCAUUCUUUCCUGGGUCUCCAAAAUGUCUUUGAUAGCGCGCGUGCUAGGGAGCGAGAACGAGAGUUGCUUUAUCCAGAUGCCUGUGGUGGGGGAGGUCGAGGUUGGAUAAGUCAGGGAACAACAAGUUAUGGUAGGGGACAUGGAACUAGGGAAACAUGUGCCUUGCACACUGCCAGGCUUUCUUGUGAUACAUUGGUUGAUUUCUGGUCAGCAUUAGGAGAAGAGACUCGACAAUCUCUUCUAAGGAUGAAAGAAGAAGAUUUUAUUGAGAGGCUAAUGUACAGGUUUGACAGCAAGAGGUUCUGUAGAGAUUGCAGAAGAAAUGUUAUCCGUGAGUUCAAAGAACUAAAGGAGCUGAAGCGCAUAAGGAGAGAGCCUUGCUGCACUAGUUGGUUUUGCGUUGCAGAUAUGGCCUUUAAUUAUGAGGUAUCGGAUGACACAAUCCAGGCUGAUUGGCGUCAAACUUUUGCCGACUCUGUGGAGACAUAUCAUUAUUUUGAGUGGGCAGUUGGAACAGGAGAAGGAAAAUCUGACAUUCUAGAAUUUGAAAAUGUUGGCAUGAAUGGGAGUGUCAAAAUAAAUGGCCUAGAUCUUGGUGGUUUGAGUUCAUGUUUUAUCACCCUCAGAGCUUGGAAAUUGGAUGGACGCUGCACUGAGCUCUCAGUGAAAGCGCAUGCAUUGAAAGGUCAACAAUGUGUUCAUCGCAGGCUUACAGUUGGUGAUGGAUUUGUUACAAUCACGAGAGGGGAAAAUAUUAGGAGGUUUUUUGAGCAUGCUGAAGAGGCUGAGGAGGAGGAGGAGGACGAUUCGAUUGAUAAAGAUGCAAAUGAUUUGGAUGGAGAUUGUUCUCGUCCUCAAAAGCAUGCAAAGAGUCCUGAACUGGCUCGCGAGUUUCUUCUGGAUGCUGCAACUGUCAUCUUUAAAGAACAGGUUGAAAAAGCCUUCAGAGAAGGAACGGCACGCCAAAAUGCACAUAGCAUCUUUGUGUGUCUUUCUCUAAAAUUACUGGAAGAACGAGUUCACAUAGCAUGCAAAGAAAUCAUUACUCUGGAAAAGCAGAUGAAACUUCUUGAAGAAGAAGAGAAGGAAAAGCGUGAAGAACAAGAACGCAAAGAGCGGAAAAGGACAAAAGAAAGAGAGAAGAAGCUCCGGAGAAAAGAAAGAUUAAAAGGAAAGGAUAAAGAUAAGUUAAGUUCUGAAUCAGCUGAAGCAUGUGCUCCUUCUGAUGUCUUGGAGGAUUUGUCCCCAUGCGUUUUGGAGCCAGAGUCCAAUACAGUUAGUGAAGUAUGUGACGCCAGCGUGCCUGAAUCUUCUGAUAUUCUGGAUGAAAUGUUUUUAAAUGAAUCCAUCAUUUCAGAAGGGCAAAAUUCGUAUGAUGAUAGCUUUGAUGGGAAACUUACCGAGGGAAAUGAUGGAAAUGAGUCUUUCACUAGUGAUCAAUUUAAAGUUUCUCGCUGGAGAUUAAAAUUUCCAAAGGAAGUUCAAGAUCAUCCUUUCAAGUGGUCUGAGAGGCGCCGAUUUAUGGUUGUUUCAGAAAAUGGGGUGAUUAACAAAUCUGAGCAAAGAUGUUAUGUGGAUAGUUUGGAAAAUCCUUCCAGGAGUAUAAAUGGAUCAAACAGGAAAUUAAGAACAAAUUCAUUAAAGGCCUAUGGUCGACAUGUCUCUAAGUUUAAUGAAAAGUUGCACUCUUCCAACAAUCGGGUAUCUUAUGAUUACCGUUCCUGCAUCUGUAACCAAACUAAUGAAUUUAACAACAAAAAGGCAGAGCCGUUUGUUUCUUCUGUUAGAGUUAACCGAGAUGUCAAAUCUUUGAGCAAGUCGGAAUCUUCAUUUGAUAUGUCCAAGCAAAGUUAUCGUUCUAACAAGUACAGUUAUGGAGAUCAUUCUCGUGAUAACGGAAGACUGAGAAACAAAGCUGCCAUAUUAAACAAUUCUCCUUGUAAAGAUUUUGUUUAUUCAAAGAAAGUUUGGGAGCCCAUGGAAUCACAGAAGAAAUAUCCUAGAAGUAACUCAGACUCAAAUGUUGCAUCGAAGUCUUCAACUUUCAAGUGUGGUGCGGAACCUGAUUAUGACGUUAUGAAGUCGAGGCAUGAACUUUCCAGCGGCGAAGUUAGUGUAACUUCUGGUACAGUUGAUCAAGAGGAGAUUAAUUCCACUGAAUCAACUUCUGGUAUUGAAUCAGAUGAAGUCUUCCAAAAUGGACUUUCUAACGAAUCGAAGGAUCAUAAAAACAUAGAAGACGACGCAUGUGAAGAGGAGGUAACACAGUGUUCUGCAAAUUCAACCAUGGACAUGACAUUGGCAUCCAGUGGGACCUGUAACCAAGUAGGAACUAGCUCUUUAAAUUCUGAUAACUGCUCAUCAUGCCCGAGUGAAGGAGACUGUAAUACUAUCUGCUCGAACCAUGGAAAUGUAGAAUCCUCCUCCACAUCAGACUCAGAAUAUGCUAGCCAUCAAUCAGAAGGAAAAGAAUCUUCAGCAUCCAUUCAGAAUGGCUUCUCUGAGAAUCAUGAGAUAAGGAUAGAUAAAGUAAUUGGAGGUGAUGCCAUGGGGAGCAAGAACCAUUCUGGUCUUUCUCAAGAUAACGAGGGUUGUAAAGUUCAAGGGAAUGCACCCAAAAAUGUUCCUCAGAACUUCGAAGCAGGAUUCUCGGCUGUUAGUCUGGAUUCCCCAUGUCAAAUGACUCUUCCUUCGAUUCAGAACCAAAAUAUUCACUUUCCAGUGUUUCAGGUUCCUCCAUCAAUGAGUUAUUACCAUCAAAACUCAGUUUCAUGGCCAGCAACUGCCCAUGCCCAUGCAAAUGGAAUAAUGCCUUUCUCCUAUUCAAAUCACUGUCUAUAUGCCAAUCCUCUUGGGUAUGGUUUGAACGGUAACCCACGCUUCUGCAUGCAAUAUGGGCAUUUGCAUCAGCUUUCUAAUCCUGUCUUCAAUCCUACCCCGGUUCCUAUUUAUCACCCGGCUUCGAAAGCCAGCAAUGGUACGUAUGCCGAAGAUAGAAAUCAGGUCACCAAAUCAGGUGCAAUGGCAGAAAGCUCUGUAGCGAAUUCAGAUGUUACUGGUACCGCUGGACAUCCAUAUGCACUCAGUUCACCACCAGGCAGUAAGCAAAAUGAUACUUCUUCCAAGUUGCAAAAGGAUAGCUCAAGCUUUUCAUUGUUUCAUUUUGGAGGGCCUGUUGCAUUUUCAACAGGAGGUAAAUUAAAUCUCACGCCUUCUAAAGAAGACGAUGUUGGGGAUUUUUCAAGAAAUAAUGAGGUGGAAGUUGUUGACAAUGGUCAUGCUUUCAAUAAGAAGGAAACUGCCAUUGAAGAAUACAACUUGUUUGCAGCAAGCAAUGGCAUGAGGUUCUCAUUCUUCUGAAUGAGAACAAGAAGAUAUGAGGGGGCUGUUUUCGAUUUACUAGCCCCUAUCUUCACAUAUAUUUUUUUUUAAAUGAAAUUUUACAGUACUUGCUACAUAAUAAGUUUUCUUGAAAUCUCAAUUUUACUUAUAAGUUUUUCGGUAGUUGAUUGCUUCUCAAAAUUUGUCUCAUUAUUUUUCCAGAUGUAGAGAACACAAAAACAAAAGGAAAGAAAAAAAGGAAAAAAAAAAAAAAAAAGAGGAAAGAAAAAGAAGGAAAAGAAAGAGUGCUAUGUGUUUGAAGGUUUCCGAAACGAGUUCUGAGUUUUUUCUAUCGACAAAAAAUAUGUUGAUAUGAAAAUUUUGCUGCCUAUUAUUUGCUUGAAA